UGGGGCCGGAGCUGAGGCGGUCCGAGGUGGUUGGGGUUGGGUGGGAGGAGAUCCGCUCGCACACACGAGGAGGGUUGAGCUGGUGCCGCCGUUGUCGUCGCGAGUGCGGAGUUGCGACCGGAGCCUUCGCCGCGACGACGCCGGGGACUGUGUCGCUAGCCCCCGGCCCCUCUGCCUCGUCGCUUCGCCGGGUCAGCGCGGCCUGCUCCUGCCCGGCCCGUCGCCCCCGCCUCCAUUUCCCGCCCUCUCUUCACCACACACACGGCCCCCCCGAUCAUGGAUCCGGGCAGUGGUGGCGGCGGCGGCGGCGGCGGCGGCGGGAGCAGCAGCGGCAGCAGCAGCAGCGACUCGGCGCCCGACUGCUGGGACCAAGCGGACAUGGAAACUCCCGGGCCGGGCCCGUGCGGUGGCGCCGGCGGCCCCUUGGCGGCGGCGGCGACCGAGGCCCAGCGUGAGCACCUCAGCGCGGCCUUCAGCCGGCAACUCAACGUCAACGCCAAGCCCUUCGUGCCCAACGUCCACGCUGCCGAGUUCGUGCCGUCCUUCCUGCGGGGCCCGACCCAGCAGCCGCUGUCCCCAGCUGGCGCUGCCGCCCCCAACCACGGAGCCGGCAGCGGCGCUGGAGGUCCUCCGGCACCUGCGGAACCUUCCCAAGAGGAACAGUCGUUGCUAUGCGAAGGUUCAAAUUCAGCUGUUAGCAUGGAACUUUCAGAACCUGUUGUAGAAAAUGGGGAGACAGAAAUGUCCCCAGAAGAAUCAUGGGAGCACAAAGAAGAAAUAAGUGACGCAGAGCCAGGGGGUGGUUCCUUGGGAGAUGGGAGACCCCCAGAGGAGAGCGCCCAAGAAAUGAUGGAGGAGGAAGAGGAAAUACCAAAACCUAAAUCCGUGGUUGCACCGCCAGGGGCUCCUAAAAAAGAACACGUAAACGUAGUAUUCAUUGGGCACGUAGAUGCCGGCAAGUCAACCAUUGGAGGACAGAUAAUGUAUUUGACUGGAAUGGUUGACAAAAGGACACUUGAGAAAUAUGAAAGAGAAGCUAAAGAAAAAAACAGAGAAACCUGGUACUUGUCUUGGGCCUUAGACACAAAUCAGGAAGAACGAGACAAGGGUAAAACCGUCGAAGUGGGCCGUGCCUAUUUUGAAACGGAAAAGAAGCAUUUCACGAUCCUGGACGCCCCUGGCCACAAGAGUUUUGUCCCAAACAUGAUUGGUGGCGCUUCUCAAGCUGAUUUGGCUGUUCUGGUCAUCUCUGCUAGGAAGGGAGAGUUUGAAACUGGAUUUGAGAAGGGCGGACAGACGAGGGAACACGCGAUGUUGGCAAAGACGGCAGGUGUGAAGCACUUGAUCGUGCUCAUUAAUAAGAUGGAUGACCCGACAGUGAACUGGAGCAGCGAGAGAUAUGAAGAGUGCAAAGAGAAGCUAGUGCCAUUUUUGAAGAAAGUUGGCUUCAAUCCCAAAAAGGACAUCCACUUUAUGCCCUGCUCGGGACUGACCGGAGCAAAUCUUAAAGAGCAAUCAGAUUUCUGCCCUUGGUACACUGGUUUGCCAUUUAUUCCAUAUUUGGAUAAUCUGCCAAACUUCAAUAGAUCAGUUGAUGGACCAAUCAGGCUGCCAAUUGUGGAUAAGUACAAGGAUAUGGGCACCGUGGUCCUGGGAAAGCUGGAAUCAGGAUCUAUUUGUAAAGGCCAGCAGCUUGUGAUGAUGCCAAACAAGCACAACGUGGAAGUUCUUGGAAUCCUUUCCGAUGAUGUAGAAACUGAUUCUGUAGCCCCAGGUGAAAACCUCAAAAUCCGACUGAAAGGAAUUGAAGAGGAAGAGAUUCUCCCAGGAUUCAUCCUUUGUGACCCUAAUAAUCUUUGUCAUUCUGGACGCACAUUUGAUGCCCAGAUAGUGAUCAUAGAGCACAAGUCCAUCAUCUGCCCAGGCUAUAACGCGGUGCUGCACAUUCACACCUGCAUUGAGGAAGUCGAAAUAACAGCCUUAAUUUGCUUGGUAGACAAAAAAUCAGGAGAGAAAAGUAAGACCCGACCCCGUUUCGUGAAACAAGAUCAAGUAUGCAUUGCUCGCUUAAGGACGGCGGGAACCAUCUGCCUUGAGACCUUCAAAGACUUCCCUCAGAUGGGGCGCUUUACCUUAAGGGAUGAGGGUAAAACCAUUGCAAUUGGAAAAGUUCUGAAACUGGUUCCAGAGAAAGACUAAGCAUUUUCUUGAUGACCCUGCACAGUACUGUGAGGAAAAUUGACUGCAAAAGCCUACUUCACACCGCCUUCUCUCAUUUUCUGCCCAUUGACAAACUUCUCCCCAUAUUUUGCAAAGACGAAAUUCACAGCAAAAGUCCACAUAAUGUCAGCUUUCUCAUAUUGAGAGCUCUGCUAUGCCACUGUUGAAUUUUCCCCCAGGUUUUUUUUCCCCUCCCCUCCCAAACUCUGCUUCCUUGGACAGAUUUGGCAAUAGCUUUGUAAGUGAUGUGGACAUAAUUGCCUACAAUAAUGAAAACUUACCGGAAUUUUUUUAUUUUUCAUCUUCCCCUUAGACCUACUUAGUCUUUUUCCCCCAGGCAGAUCAUUCUGAGUGUGCGAGUGUGUGUGCACAUGUUACAGAGACAACUACCAUGUUAAUAAAAUAUUCAAUUUGAAA